GUAGCUGAUCAGCUGACCCGAAAGGUCUGUUUGUCGGUGGGACCAGCCAGCAGAGCGGCGCAGAAUAACGGCGUCUUUUCUGACUGAAUUCGCCGCAGGAGGAACCGUAUUCGUGAGAGCCGUCGUUUUGUCGGAUAUGUCCCAGUAGGACGUCAGUCUCUGUCUGUCAGCAUCAUGUCGGGGAACAACCUGGUCCUGCCCAUCGUGCUGUGGGGCCGCACGGCGCCCACCCACUGCAUCAGCAGCCUACUGGUGAUGGACGACUUCACCACCAUCAUCACCGGCUGCCAUGACGGUCAGAUCUGCCUGUGGGACAUGACCCCCGAGCUGCAGAUCUGUCCCAGAGCGAUGCUGUUCGGCCACACGGCCUCCAUCACCUGCCUGUCUAAAGCCAGCGCCAGCAGCGACAAGCAGUACAUCGUCAGCGCCUCGGAGAGCGGGGAGAUGUGUCUGUGGGACGUGAACGACGGGCGCUGUAUCGAGUUCACCAAGCUGGCCUGCGCUCACACCGGGAUCCAGUUCUACCAGUUCACCAUCGGUACGCAGAAGGAGGGCCGCCUGCUGUGUAACGGUCAUUACCCAGAGAUCCUUGUGGUGGACGCCACCAGCCUGGAGGUGCUCUACUCUCUGGUCUCUAAGAUCUCUCCCGAUUGGAUCAGCUCCAUGAGCAUCAUCCGCUCCCAUCGGACCCAAGAGGACACGGUGGUGGCAGUGUCAGUGACGGGGAUUUUGAAGGUGUGGAUGAUAACAGCUGAGGUCAGCAAGAUGCAGGAUCUGGACCCGGUCUUUGAGGAAGAGUCCAAGCCCAUCUACUGCCAAGGCUGCCAGAGCAUCUCCUUCUGCAGCUUCACCCAGAGCAGCCUGCUGGUGGUCUGCUCCAAGUACUGGAGGGUGUUUGAUGCAGGAGAUUACUCUCUGCUCUGCUCGGUGCCCAGCGACAGCGACCAGUCCUGGACCGGCGGUGAGUUCAUCUCGGCGGAUAGAGUCAUCAUCUGGACCGAAGACGGCUGCAGCUACAUCUACAAGCUGCCGGCCAGCUGCCAGUCGGCCAGCGAACAUUUCCGCAGCGACGUUGGGCGAACCAAAGAAGGAUCCAUCCCCCCGCUGAUCUACAGCAUCGCUGAGCGCUCAGACAAACAGCUCCUCAUCUGUCCCCCGGUGACCCGCUUCUUCUUCGGCCGCCGGGAGCCGUUCCACAAGCUGCUGAUCCAGGGAGACUCGGCCGGUCGGAUGUCGCUGUGGAGCGUCCCGGACACCACGCCGCCGACCGCCACGCCAAAGGAGCUGCAGAUGUCGUCCACCAUCAGCCUGCAGGAGGCGUUCGAUAAGCUGACGCCCGUCUCUUCAGGGAUCAUCGACCAGCUGAGCGUCCUGCCCAACAAGCAGCAGCCCAUCAAGGUUACGGCCAGCGUCUACAUUCCGUCUCAGGGCCGGCUGGUCUGCGGACGGGAGGACGGCAGCAUCAUCCUGGUCCCCGCCACGCAGACGGCCAUCGUGCAGCUGCUGCAGGGGGAGCACAUGCUGCGCAGGGGCUGGCCGCCCCACCGGACACUGCGGGGUCACCGGAACAAGGUGACCUGCGUCCUCUACCCGUACCAGGUGUCGCCCCGCUACGACCAGCGCUCCCUGGUGUCCGGAGGAGUGGACUUCUCCGUCAUUGUCUGGGACAUUUUCACCGGAGAGAUGAAGCACAUCUUCUGCGUUCAUGGAGGGGAAAUCAGCCAGCUGAUCGUCCCGCCGGAAAACUGCAGCACCCGCGUGCAGCACUGCGUUUGCUCCGUGGCCAGCGACCACUCCGUCGGCCUGCUCAGCCUGCGGGAGAGGAAGUGCAUCAUGCUGGCGUCCCGACACCUCUUCCCCAUCCAGGUCAUCAAGUGGCGGCCGGCCGACGACUACCUGGUGGUGGGAUGCUCCGACGGCUCCGUCUACGUCUGGCAGAUGGACACAGGAGCUCUGGAUCGCUGCGUGAUGGGAAUCACGGCAGUGGAGAUCCUGAACGCCUGCGAUGAGCUCGCCCCCGCCACCGUUGACGCCCUGAGCCACUCUGCGGUCAACCUGAAGCAGGCCAUGACGCGCCGCAGCCUGGCGGCGCUCAAGAACAUGGCGCAGCACAAACUGCAGACGCUGGCAACCAACCUGCUGGCUGCGGACAACGCAGACAAGGUAACGCCUGGUGAUGUCACCAACCAGACCGGGAGGGCGAGUAGGGCCCGAGUCCCGCUACUGGCAACAAGUAGAAACAACUGGCAACUACCAGUGAUCAGAUUCGUUCUGCAUAGAACCAACAACCUAAAAACGGGUUUGGAGGUUCUGGUCCCUGUGAAACAUCAGAAACCAGAACCAGGUGUUCAGGUUCUGGUUCUGGAGGUUCUGAGCCGGAUGCAGAAGCUGUUGCUUCCUCUGCAGCUUUUCUGUCACAUUUCUAACCUUUUUCUUUUCUUCUCGACUAUUUUCUCUCCCUCUCUUCCUUUCCAAGCUGCCAGCACUGCCGCUGCUGGGGCCCCUGGGGGCCACCCUCAGGGGGCCCCUGGCUCUCAUAACAUCCCCUCAGUCAACGAAGGCUGGAGCCAGCUGGCCGCCAUGCACUGCGUGAUGCUGCCGGACCUCCUGGGCCUGGACAAGUACAGACCGCCUCUGCUGGAGAUGCUGGCGAGAAGAUGGCAGGACCGAUGUCUGGAGGUCCGGGAAGCGGCGCAGGCUCUCCUCCUGGCCGAGCUGAGGCGGAUCGGACAGUCCGGGCGGAAGGACACCAUCGACUCCUGGGCCCCGUACCUGCCCCAGUACGUGGACACGGUCAGCUCCCCUGGAGCGGCAACAGAGACCCCGCCUCCAGCCCCGCCCCCUCCAGAGGCUCAGCCAAUGGAAGCCAAGGCUCCMGAGGAGGAGAUGGACGUGACCGACGACGACAUCACAGCAGGCUGCCUGUCCAACCUCCCGCCGAACGCCAAGAGGAUCUCCAACUCGUACGAGGAGCGGCGGAAGCAAGCCACCGCCAUCGUCCUGCUGGGCGUCGUCGGGGCCGAGUUCGGCGCCGAGAUCGAACCGCCGAAAGGCUCGGCGCGCGCUCGAGGCGGCGGAGCCGUGCCGGAAGGCUUCGGGCCGACGAGCGGCGGCUCGUCCAACUACUCACUGGCCAGACACACCUGCAAGGCGCUGACCUUCCUGCUGCUGCAGCCCCCCAGCCCCAAACUGCCCGCCCACAGCACCAUCCGCCGCACCGCCAUCGACCUGAUCGGCCGCGGCUUCACCGUCUGGGAGCCGUACAUGGACGUGUCGGCGGUGCUCAUGGGACUGCUGGAGCUGUGUGCCGACGCAGAGAAGCAGCUGGCCAACGUCACCAUGGGUCUGCCCCUCAACCCGCCMGCUGACUCGGCGCGCUCCGCCCGCCACGCCCUGUCCCUCAUCGCCACCGCCCGCCCGCCGGCCUUCAUCACCACCAUCGCCCGCGAGGUUCACCGGCACAACGCGGCCCAGGCCAACUCCCAGUCCCAGCAGAACAUCCACACCACCACGCUGGCCCGGGCCAAGACCGAGAUCCUCCGCGUCAUCGACAUCCUGAUCGAGAAGAUGCCCGGAGACGUGGUGGACCUGCUGGUCGAGGUGAUGGACAUCAUCAUGUACUGCAUCGAAGGCUCUCUGGUGAAGAAGAAGGGGCUGCAGGAGUGUUUCCCCGCCAUCUGCAAGUUACAUCCUGACCCGGUUCAGGAUGUGUUCUGGUCCCGGUUCCCUCCAGGACCCAGCAGGACUCCGUCCUCCAUGUUGUCCGUCCCUCUGCUGGAAUCUAAUCAGGUCUSCUGUUUUCCCCYGCAGAACAUCCACGGCCACAAAGGUCCGAUAACGGCCGUGUCGUUCGCGCCUGACGGCCGCUACCUGGCCACCUACUCCAACGCCGACAGCCACAUCUGCUUCUGGCAGAUGAACACCAGCCUGCUGGGCAGCAUCGGGAUGCUGAACUCGGCGCCGCAGCUGCGCUGCAUCAAGACCUACCAGGUUCCUCCGGUCCAGCCCGCCUCGCCCGGCUCCCAGAACCACCUGAAGCUGGCCCGCCUCAUCUGGACCUCCAACCGCAACGUGAUCCUGAUGGCCCACGACGGCAAGGAGCACCGCUUCAUGGUGUGACCGGGCCGGGCCCGCAACCUGGGCCUGAGCCACGGUUUGGACCGCACACGGGUUCUACUGACGGUUCUGAUGGAAAACAAACGGAUACGUUUCUGAAUGUAGAGAAGAUCUACGGAAGAUGAUUGGUGCCAAAAAAAGAAGAAAAAAGUAUUCUGACGUUUUCAGAAUUCUUUAAUUUUCUGAAAAUUCUCAAUUUUUUCCUGAA